CCCUGUGAGAGCUCAACCUGUCUGCAUAUCACACUUGGGUGGGGAUCGUCCCUUUCAUCACGCUCUCGUUUAAAGCUUGUUUACCGACGCCUUCCUCCCGACACACCUCGACUGUGCACCGCCGCUGCUCCCGUCUCCGUCGGCCCACUGCUCGCGCUCGAUCAUCGGACAUGUUUCGCUGUGGGAUCGCCUACCCCCGGUGCCGGUGGAUUGUGCCCUUGCUGCUGCUCUUCGCCAUUAUUUUCGACAUAAUCGCGAUCGCAGCCACGUCCGGAUGGGUGGAGGACGAGGAAGCCAAGACUCACUACACCAGCAUGUGGGAGGAAUGUCGAGGCAGGAACGACAACUGGGAGUGCAGGUCCCUCAUGGAGCACUCUUGGGCUCAGGCAGUCGCUGCAUUGAUGAUCAUCGGCCUCCUCAUCCUCAUCGUUGCCUUCAUCAUCUCCUGUAUUGCUCUGUGCUGCUCACUCAGGAUCAGCCUGCUGCCCAUCAUCGGCGUCAUGUUGAUCAUAGUUGUGGUUGUCCAGUUCAUCGCCCUGAUCAUCUACCCGGUGAAGUUCAACGAGAUGAUCUAUGAGGGCCACUACUACUACACCUGGGCGUACGGCUUCGGCUGGGGCGCCACCAUCCUGUGCAUCGGCUGCGCCAUCCUCUUCUGCUGCCUGCCGCGCUACGAGGACGAGCUGAGCGGACAUGCCAAGACCAAGUACAUCUACUCCUCCGCUUAAAGACAAUAACACAGAUUCACGCAGCUGGUUGGAACUUUAUUCCACACUUUUGAUGUCACCGCUUAGAUCAGGGCUUCUGGGCUGGAAAGUCACACUUCCUAAAUAUUUAAAAUGACAUUUUAUACUUAUGAAAAAAAGUUAUAUUUCUGUUCCUUUAAGCAUCUUUUCCAUGCAGCGUCACUGAAGUGCACUUAACGAAAGUUUGUGAUAACCUAGAGGACACUCUUGCGCAAAAUAGUUUCUUAAAAAUGGCUCAUUUUCAGAGAAGAAGAUCAUCUAUAUAUGUAAACAAAUGCGUCACACAGCUUUGACGACUGUAAUAAUAAAACUUCUGUGGUGGCUUUUUAGUCUGCGCUCUAAUAACUACAAUUACUAAACACAGUAUUAUUAGGAUUUAGGUGAGACUCACGUCUCACUACUUUUAUUGUACCGAAUGUCUUUUUAUUACAGAUAAGAUUACAUGGAUGAAAUUCAAAACUAAUGUUGCUUUUGUCCCAAAAAUAGCUAAAUAUUUUUCUAAAUCAGGGCCACUUUCAAGUCUGCAGUGAGAAUAAAAAUGAAAGAGAAACACGAGCAAGAAAAUAUAUUAAAUACAUGAGGAAGAAUAAAGAAAGGGAAUAUUUUCAACAUAUAUUUUUAUACAUUUAAAUGUUUAAAUAUGCUGGUUCAGUAAAAUAAAUGAUUUAUCAGAGAGCAUCCAAUAUAAAUCAGUAUUUUAAUCUGGUUUUAUCUAAGCAGAGUCACAAGAUUAAAUGAAAGAUAACAUGACAAAUGCAAUUUAAAGAGGCAGUAAUAGGAAAAUGAAUGGUUAGAAGAAAAUUUCCAGACAAGAUGAUUGAUUUCCACUUGAAUAUUGUCGUCCCAUGGGCCGGAGAGUUGCAGUGAAGGGCCCGUCCUGGGCCUCGGUUUGGCCUGUUCUUAAUAUUCCAAGAUAUUUUUUUGAGCUCAGUAUUCCUUUGUUGAAAAGGUAUAAGGGAGCAUGUCGACUGUAUCUGAAUGUAAGAGAAGAUGAUUUGUUUUUGCUUUUGUUUUAGCAUUUCCUUUGGUAACUGUGUGGCAUGUGCCUUUGCUGAGCAACAAACCUGUUCUCCCCAUCUGUCCCAUCACUGUUCAAGUACAUGAACUGACAAGUUGUGCAGUAAAACCGUUUUGUUAGUCGACCAGAGGGAAAUUUGUAUAAAAAACUGAUUUUAUACUCCUGUAAAGAAGCUAGCAAAUGGAUAAAUAGUUUGUAGUUUCAACAGAAGAUGUGGGCAGAAUCCGGAGAAAAGCUGAUGACUUAACUUUUGCAUUGAUUAUGAAACAUAUUUUUUGGUGUCAUGUGGUUGGUAGAUGUUUUUUCUCUGCUGUAUUGAGUGUGUUUGGUCGUCUGUGUAUUUUGAUGCAUUAAAGAGAUAACUUUUUCAUCA